CAAAAAAGCCAUCCAAAGCCAAGAGCUUCUCUCUCCUUAAAGGGUCCUCUUAUUGUUCUUCUCUCUCUGUUCGCGUCUUCGUUAUCGUGCGCUUCUCGGACAAUCUCAACCUCACAGAUUCAUUGCCUGCCUAUUGUCGAUCUCUCAACUGUAUGACCGCCAGCACUAAUCUGAAGCCAUAAUUCUGCAAUCCGAUCUUUCUCUUUUGUUCAAUCUCUACUUUUGUGGUUUCAAUCUUCAAGAUCCCUAAAUUUAUUCGUCGUUUCAUUCUGAAAUUGCAACAGCAUAUUUAUUUCGUUUUCAUCUAAUUUACGGCGACUUUUGUUCUUUGAUUCUCAUACAAUAUGUAUAUACGCUUUGAUUCUCGAUUUGUUGCAUGUUAAUGAAUUUAAUUAGGUCUUCGAUUCAUCUUUUUCCCCCCCUUCGCGAUUACUUGACAACCAUGAGUGACGGAGGAGAAAAAACUUGUCCACUCUGCGCGGAAGAGAUGGAUCCAACUGAUCAGCAAUUGAAGCCAUGCAAAUGUGGAUAUGAGAUUUGUGUUUGGUGCUGGCAUCAUAUUAUGGAGAUGGCUGAGAAGGAUGGCACUGAGGGUCGAUGUCCUGCAUGCCGUGCUAUAUAUGACAAGGAAAAAAUUGUAGGCACGGCAUCGAGCUGUGGAAGAUUGGUUGCUGAAAUCAGCGUGGAAAAAAAGGUGAAGUCACAAAAAGCAAAGGCCAAAUCAUCUGAAGGACGAAAGCAGCUUAGCAGUGUACGCGUGAUUCAACGGAAUCUUGUAUAUAUUGUUGGGCUGCCUCUUAAUCUGGCAGAUGAAGAUCUUCUUCAGCGUAGAGAAUAUUUUGGUCAGUAUGGGAAAGUUCUAAAAGUGUCUAUGUCCCGUACAGCAACUGGAGUCAUUCAACAAUUUCCAAAUAAUACGUGUAGUGUAUAUAUUACAUACUCAAAAGAGGAGGAAGCUGUUCGAUGCAUCCAAAAUGUACAUCAGUUUGUCUUGGAGGGCAAACCAUUAAGGGCAUGCUUUGGAACGACAAAAUAUUGUCAUGCUUGGUUAAGGAAUGUGCCUUGCACCAACCCCGAUUGUUUGUAUUUACAUGAGGUUGGUUCUCAGGAAGAUAGUUUCACAAAAGAUGAAAUCAUUUCAGCAUACACAAGGAGUAGAGUGCAACAAAUUACCGGUGCCUCAAACAAUCUUCAACGGCGUUCAGGGAAUGUGUUGCCACCACCAAUGGAUGAUUUCUGUAAUAACAGUUCUGCAAAUGGAAAACCCAUUGUUAAGAACACUUCAAGUAAUACUGUUAGCAUUAGAGGUUCUCCGCCAAAUGGAAGCUCAGAUAAGACAAUUGCUCUCCCUGCAGCUGCCUCAUGGGGAACUCGAGGCUCAAAUUUUCAAGCACCAGCUACAAGUUUACCCAGUCCAAAUGGGCCUCCCAAAAAGUCUGAUGCUGCUAAUAGCAUAUUAUCAUUUCCCCCUGCAGUUGCAGGUAUUUCUUCGGCUCCUACAGUACAUAGUGAAGCAGGAAAGAGACCUGCAUUCAAUGAGAGUUACACUUCUAAUAAUGCCAAAGGUCAUCAAGAAUCCUUAAAAUCUUUGAAACCUCCUGUUAGCAUGGAUUGUCAAUCUUUUUCAACAGACAGACAUGAUUCACCAGAGGAGAUGCCUUCUUCGGUAUCUUUGAGUUGUUCAGUGGUUGGUAUGCCAACCACAAAGGACAAUCAGAAAACAAUGGCUAUGUCACCGAACAUUUCUACUUCUACUCUCCAUAUUGAGGAUUCUUGCAGUUGUCCUGAAGCAGGAGCUAUUUCUUCUGACGGGCUAAUACAAAAUCUGAGCUCUGAUAUGUCAACAGUUAGCAUUGAUAGAGAUGAUAUAGAUGAUCAAUCUGAUCUAAGGCCAAAUACUUUAGUCUCUGAUCAUGAUUUGAUUAAAGCUUCCAGGGAUCACAACUUACAAGAGCAAUUUUCCGGGCAGUCUAUAGUUGCCCCUUUAGCUUCUACAGAUGUUUGGAAAGGCGAUGAUGUGGUUAAUUGCAUGUCUUUUUCAAGAGAAGAGCAUGAUUGGAGAUCGGACUUCCAGAGAGAGGUAAUAAAUGCUACUGAGUUGGAAGAGGAUGUGAUAUCUUUUAAUAGUCAGAGGCUCAAGGAUCCAGAGAUUAUGAGCCCUUCAACUCGGCUGCCUGGCUGGGCAUCUACGUUUCAUGCCCUGAAUGGCUCUACCUCUCAUCCAUUGUGGCCAGAUGCUGUCAAUGGGGCGGCGACCAGUUUGGCUACUGAUUUGUCGUUUGUUGAUAAACAAUUCAAUGAUAAUUCAUCUCUAAACUCAUCUAGCAUCCCGCCUGCAUUUAGCAGUCAGCUUGAGAAUGGAGUCAAUACUUCUGGGCAGUCUUUGCAUACUUUAAGACAUAUAGUGGCCAAUGAUCCUGCUAAUUUAAAUGCAGAUUCACUUUUUGUUGAUAAACAAUUCAAUGAUAGUUCACAUUUCCAUGCAUCUAACAUUUCAACUGCUAUCAAUAGCAACAUGGAGAAUGUGAUUAGCUCUUCUGCUGCUACUGAUAUACCCCAUGGAAAUUCAUUUUUACUUCAUAAUGAAGGAAGAGGAAGGCAUGUGGGCAGGUUAUCUGGUGACUCACUGAAUGCCAAUAGCAAUGGUUUUGUAGAUAAUGGUGAAAAUAGCAUAAUCUCAAAUAUAUUGUCAAUGGACUUCAAUAUGUGGGACAACACAAUAACAUCCCAGAGUUUGGCAAAGCUUUUGGGUGAAACUGACAAACAACCACCAAGUUCCAGGAAGGUGCAAAGCAACAAUCAGUCCAGGUUCUCCUUUGCAAGGCAGGAAGAUUCUAAAGGUCAAGAUUUUAGGAUACAACCUUCUCUUGAUAUAAUUGGACAAAUGCAGAGAAAUCAGUCUUUGAGGCGUGAUUUCUCGGAAAAUGGAAAUGUGCAUUUGGACAAGUUUCACAAUAGUGGUGGCUUCUAUUCAAAUAAUUAUGAUGGAUCAGUAAAUCAUUCAAGCAAUCAAUCCCUUAAUUCUUCAAAUAAGCUCUCCGACUCUUUUACUGCAGUUUCGAGAGCUCAAAUCUCGGCUCCACCUGGCUUUUCUGUUCCAAGUCGGGUGCCACCUCCCGGAUUCUCUUCCCAUGACAGAGUAGAUCAAGUUUCUGAUUCCCUCUCUGGAAAUCAUCUGCUAGAAGCUUCUUCCUUAUUGAGAAAUUCAUAUCAGCCAAAUCAAACUGGAAAUAAUAUUAGCACUGGUGAUAUUGAGUUUAUGGAUCCUGCUAUUUUGGCAGUCGGUAAAGGGAGGCGUCAGAUAGGUCUUAACAAUACUGGUCUAGACAUUAGGACACCGUUUUCUCCUUCAUUAGGUACCUUUGAUAAUGAAGCAAGUCUUCAGUUACUGAUGCAAAGAUCUCUGAACCCCCAGCAGAGAUACUCUGAUGUCGGUGAUGGGUUCUCUCAUCUUGGGGAUUCCUAUGGCAUUUCUUCAAGGCUUGUGGACCAAUCACAGGUUAACAAUCUUUCUAAUUUUGCACAACUGUCUCUCCAACAUUCUAGAAAUGGGCUUAUGUCACAUGGCCACUGGGAUGGUUGGAAUGAGGUUCAAGGCGGAACCAAUAUUGGUGUGGCAGAUAUAUUGAGAAAUGACAGGCUUGGAUAUAACAAAUAUUAUUCUGGGUAUGAAGACUCCAAGUUUCGCAUGCCCACCUCUAGUGAUCUAUAUAACAGGACCUUUGGGAUGUGAUAUUUGUGAAUGAAAUGAUGUGAGCACCUAGAUUGGUGGCAGCGUUUGAGCAAAAGACUAGGAUUUACCUUGUGAGGUCUGUGGACGUGUAGCCAUGAUGUCGUGAGAGAUUCAUAAAACCGGCCUUGAUGGCAGCCUGAUGAAGAUUUGUGCCCUGAUGGAAUCGGAUCAUGUUACCAUCAGGUGUGAUAUAAGCUCACGUGAUUGUUUCGCAGAAAGUUGUAUAUUGGCAACGAUUAUUUGACAGGAAGUUGUAAAUGUCUGUCAAUCUGGUAGGGGCGACCCUCCCCUCCAGCUGUUGAAUAUUUUGUUCCUUGCUAACAGCGAAGAGAGAAAGAAUCUACCUACCUUUUUGGCUCUCAAAACCUUAAAGUUGAGAUUCUGAGUUCCUGACUUCACAAAGGCUAUAUGCGAAUCAUCAAUUUGACUAUACUUUGAUAUUUUUUUACAACUGUUUUACUUAGUUCCUUAGAAUUAUAGAUAUAUAGUUCAAAGAUCCAGAGCUUCCUGCCGUUUGAGAUCGGAUAGAUUGAUGAUAGAUUGAUGGAGUUCCUGACCUCACAAGGUAAUAACCCAUUCUUCCUUCGAGUUAUUAUUAUUACAAUUACAAGGAGGUUGAGAUUUGGAUCGUUUGCAGUUACGUAAUUCUUGCCAUGUCGCGUGGCAGAAUAAACUUGAUGGUGACUUCACUGGGGAAGCACACAUAUCAAAUCUUGCCUCUUUAGUUACCCAUCAAAUUGGGUAUCCCCCUCCCCCAAGUAAUUCGUACCCACUGUUGAAAGUGGGAUCGCAAAUGAAUAUACUGGUUUCGCCGUAUUCUGGACGAUACUGUGACCUAUGAAUUUGUAUUGUUGUAGGAUUGAUUUCUUUUUUAUUUCUGGAGAAACUGAACAAUUUUCCUACUAGAGUUGGAAUUUUGAUUCAGUGGGAUGUUGAGUUGCAUGGGUCGUUUAAUGAAAAGAAAUUUGGUCCU